AGAAAACCCGGCCCGUCUCGCACAACACUGGCGGAGUCGCUCGGGAGAAUGACAUUUAAAAUCCGUGACUGAGUGCACGACGAGGACGACGACAACGACGACGGCGACGACGACGGCGACGGCGACGGCGAAGAGGAGGAGGAGGAGGAAGAAGAAGAGUGUACGCAGGUUGACAGCACGUUGACAGCCUCAACAGCCCGUCACAUGGGGCGUUAAGUCGUCGUGGGGGCCGUUCGAGAAGUCAGCGCGAUCAUGGACCUCAACAACGAUCUGGACCAGCACUUGCUGCACCAGUUUAGCUGUCUGGGCACCACGGACAAAGACGACUUGGUGAAGCAGCUGCAGAAGCUGCUGGCCGACAGCCACCUGAACGAGACCACCGCCGCGUUCUUCCUUGACAUGAACAAUUGGAAUCUGCAAGCGGCGAUAUGCAGCUACAUUGAUUUCGGAAAUCCCUUCAACACACCGUGCAUGACGUUGAUAUGCGAUAGCACGAUCGGCGAGGGAGAGGCCGUGCCGCCUAACACAAACUUUCAAAAGUCGUGGCGAGUGCAGAACAGCGGUACCGAGGCGUGGCCCAACGGGAUUCACCUGCAGCAUUCCAGCGGUGUGCAAAUGGGUUGCGCGCGGAUACCCGUUCCACCGCUGGGACCCAAGGAGAUCAUGGAAUUGAGCGUGAUGUUGAAAAGCCCGGUCGAGACCGGCAUGCAUCAGAGUAAAUGGAGAAUGAUGACGCCCAACGGCGUCUACUUCGGUGAUGUUAUUUGGGUGAUCAUCACGGUGAACGAAUGCGGCACAUUGGCGGUUACUCAACAGUUGCAUCAGUUAAGUACACAGUCCAAUGAUGUACAAAUGUGCUAGCCUUUGACGUACAAAAGUUUCCCCUAAGAAAGAUUUACGGAAUAUUGUAUAAGAAACGUCUCUCAGAUUGUGAGAAUCGACAGUUGUUUCUAAAUUUUGUAUAGAUCGCUUUUUUCACAACGGAGUUUGUCGCCGCUCGUGCACCUCAUAAGACGAAGGAAAAUGUUGUGUAGCAAGGAUAUUACCAUUAAUAAAUAAUGCAAUAGA